CGCAAAUUAUAUUCAAAUUACCUGCAAAAGUGGAAACGUCAGGGAUAUUAUUGUCUCCAGUGACCGCGUGGGCGCUUAAUGUUGUCGUUGACCGCCUUGGACCCCUCCUGAAGUUGACUAGUCCGACUGUUCUGCUGUUUCCGUCCCCGUCUGGUCCUUGACCGUUGUUCUUCUCCCUCUUCGUUCUCGUUUUCCCUCUGCUCUGUCCUCCCAGUGUUUCUCUGACUUUCUGACCCAAUAUUUUGAGAGUCCAAGCACCCGGAUCUCCCCUUGUGCCUACUAUUCUAGACUUCAACCGUUGAACGAUCAUCUCCAUUUUAAUUGUCCCUCUCCACUCUCCCAAUCGAUCUUCCGACCACGGGGAACUACUAUCGGCUCCCACACUCCGUUCUUCCUCACUUCUCACCAACCACCACCGUCAGCUAUCACGAUGGCAACCACCGCUGACCAAAAGCCGGCCCCUGUGUCCAAGUACGACGACUAUGACUUCCCUACCACGGCCCCCGAGGCGCAGCCUGGCCACCCUGGCCAUACCACGCCGGAGCAAGAUGCCAAGGUAGAGCAGCUCCGCAGCGAACUCGAGAAGGAGGGCUACACGGAAAGGCUAGAUACCUUGACCCUGCUGCGCUUCUUGCGGGCUCGCAAGUUUGAUGUCGCCGCAUCCAAGGCCAUGUUCAUCGCAUCCGAGAAGUGGAGGAAGGAAUUCGGAACAGAUGAUCUUCCUCGCACCUUUGACUACGCUGAAAAGCCAGAGGUCUCCCAGUACUAUGUCCAGUUCUACCACAAGACGGACAACGAUGGACGACCUGUCUAUAUCGAGAAACUCGGCGGCAUUGAUCUAAAUGCUUUACAGAAGGUUACCACCGACGAGCGCAUGCUGAAAAACCUUGUGACUGAGUAUGAGAAACUUGCGGACCCCCGGUUGCCCGCUUGCUCGCGAAAGGCUGGAAAACUGCUGGAAACAUGCUGCAGUAUCAUGGAUUUGAAGGGUGCUAGUCUUUGGAGCGCUCAAUCUGUGUACAACUAUCUCAGCCGCGCAUCUGGUAUCUCUCAGAACUACUACCCCGAGCGACUGGGUAAGUUGUACCUGAUCAAUGCUCCAUGGGGUUUCAGCACUGUGUUCAGCGUCGUCAAGGGCUUCCUUGACCCUAUCACUGUUAAGAAGAUCCAUGUUCUCGGCUCCGGUUACCAAGCCGAGUUGUUGAAGCAGGUUCCCAAGGAGAGCCUCCCCAAGGAAUAUGGUGGCACCUGUGAGUGCGAGGGAGGAUGCGAGAACAGCGACAUGGGCCCAUGGAGGGAGGCCGAAUGGGCCAAGGAGCCCAAGUGGGCUCUCCCCAAAACCGAAGAGGGCCAGAACGCUGGUGUCGAAAAGGAGGCCGAAGUGCCAGAGGCCGCCCCUCAACCUACUGCAUAGAGUCCAAAAGAACAAGAAUGUUGUCCCAUUUAUGCUUCUGGUCUUUCCUCCCUCCUACUAUCUAUUUCUUUUACUGUUCUCCCGGUAUCUUGGAUCAAUAUGGUAAAAGCUCAGACUCUUUCCUCUCGAUUUCCCUCCCAUCUCCUCUACCCUCUCUUCUCUUGAUAUAGAUUUACAGAACUGCCUUGAAAAGACUGCUCCUUCCCUGUCAUACUACUACCUACUAUUGCCGAACUCAGUCCACAUAUAUAUAUCUGAGUUCUGGGCGCAAUUUCUCUUCUGACAUUGUCGUUCACCGACUUACGUUGACUUGUUUUUUUCUUCUCUUUCGUUCGUUCCAGCUGUUUAGUUUAAAAUAGAUAUUGAAUGCGGUGACUAGCGGUGAGACUUAUAGAUUGGAGCUGAAGGUGUUGAGGGGUUGUUGAACUAACUUGAAUCUUAAACAAUUGAAAGUCAA